CUAGAACCAACCUAACCACCAUGACUCACAAAAGACAAGCUGAACCCAACCCAACAAACCCCACUACACCCGGUGAUCACCACCCAUCCCAAGUACUCCAUACUCGUACAUAUGUACCUAACCUCCAUCCAUCCCCUCAUCCCCUAAGUACCCAGCAUAUGACCUCCCCUGCCAAUAACAUACCACCCGAAACCCCCUCCUGUACGGUCAUCCAGAAUUCCAAAGCAUCUAACUGGCCGAAAAAGACAACUAAAGUAGUAAGUACUUACUCAACCUGCAUAUGAGAUGGAAAUAAGUGGGUGGAUCUACACCCUCUCAUCUCACUCACAUCAUGCUAUCCAUCCCAUGUGCUCAUCAGCUGAACAUCCAUCCAUCGUCCUAGUCUAUAUACGAACUAAUAUGGAGUAUACUCCGUACAUACUUACCUAGACAGGACAUGCAGUCCGAAAUGGAUAUCUAAUACUCUAUCGUGAUUGACUGCUUCACUCACCGAUUCAGGGGGGGCGCUGGGCUCGGCAUUCGGGUUUGUUGCUUUUUGUCGGACUUCUUGUGCCUUGCUUACUCUUGCUUGUUUCACUAUUGGAGAUGGUGUGAUUGGUAGGUAUCGAGGAAGUGGAUUGGAAAUGGGGGUGAAUUCGUAUUUUGCGACUUGCUUGCUAGCUUCUCUGCUUAUUUGCGUGGAAUUUGAUUGGAGGGUUACGGGUACCUGGUGAGGGGUUUUUUGUUGGGCAGGAUAUAGAAUUGAGGAGAAUGGGGUAGUACCUAAUAGUAAUGUGGUUACCUGAUGGGGAGUGGGUUUGCGAGAGGUAGUGGUGUAGAUGAU